AUGGCUCAAUUCGUGGGAAGUGCUCUCCUCUCCGGCUUCUUUAAUGUCUUGUUUGAUAGGAUGGCUACUCAAGAGGUCCUUAACUUCUUCCGAGGAAAGAAAGUCCUUGCUAAGCUUCUUGACGAGUUAAAGAUCAGGUUGUUGUCUGCUAAUAAGUUGAUGAAUGAUGCUGAGGUGAAACAACUCACAGAUGAAAACGUGAAGAAGUGGCUUGAUGAUCUUAAACAAGUGCUUUAUGAAGCAGACCACGCAAUGGAUGAAAUCAACACCGAAGCUCUGCGGCGCAAGGUGGAAGCUGGUGAUCAAUCUGGAAGCAGAGCUAGCAAGUUUAUCAACUCUAUUUCAACAUUUUUCGGUGCAUUUGAGAACACUGUAAGAUCCGAAAUAGAGGAUAUCCUUAGCAGAUUAAAGUCUCUUUCGGAUCAAGCACUUUUCCUUGGUUUGAAAGAAGGUGAUCAGAAAAGACUGUUACGGCGACUACCUGCCCCUUGGGCUGAAGAAUCUGAUGUUUAUGGAAGGGAGAAAGACAAAGAGAAGAUUAUCGAGUUAUUGUUGUCAAAUGAUGCUGGGGGUCCCAACCUAUCCGUGAUUGCGAUAGUGGGAAUGGGUGGCAUAGGCAAAACUACCCUUGCACAGCUUCUUUAUAAUGAUACAAGGGUUCGGGAACAUUUUGACUUGACAGAGUGGACCGUGAUUUAA